AUGGCUCACCACAGGCAUCAGGCGUCACUCGAGCGCAUUCUCGAUCUCUCUCCGCAGGAGGUUCUGACUCUAGAGGAACGGGCACAGGCCGGAAAUAUCUUCUCCCAGUUUAUUAGCCACUGUGAACCUCGACAAAGCGCUCACCCGUAUAAGAAAGUAACGCUUGUUCGUUUAACUUCCGUGAAAAUAAUGAAUCACCGACCUUUGCUAGUGGAGUGUCUCGAAUUCCUGACUUCGGACCAUCUUCUCUCCCAUCAAAGCAGAGGGAGGUCGAGGGAGUCUUGGAUUCUGAGAGCUGCGGGAAAUAAAACACCGCAACCUAUACCAGCAGCUCUAUCCGCCAAGUUUGAGGAUGUAGUUGGAACUCCUGCCAGACUAUCGAUUCUCCGACGUGAUUGUCUCAUCCGUGACCAUCACCGGUGUGUGGUAAGCCGGGUCUUCGAUAGAGAAGAGGCGGCGGAGAGAGUCAACCGAGACAGAUCCAAUGCACGAGACGACGAUGGACAGCGGCUUGUCUAUGUUCCUGGCCAAUUUUCGUACCUCCAGGUAGCACAUAUCAUCCCGCAUUCAAUCAUGUCAACAACCAGGGACAAUCAGAGCGAAGCCAAAAAAUCCACCCUGGCAAUCCUCAAUAUGUUCGCUCCUGGGGUGAUUCAUUUGCUCAAGGGCUCGAAUAUUGACCGCCCAGCCAAUGCUAUAACCUUAUCACUCGACAUUCACAAGCUUUUCGGUGACUUCAAAUUCUAUUUUGGGGCGCUGGAUCCUUCUACUCAUCCAUCUUACACCUACAGGAUAGAUUCUAGGGAAACGAAUGUUUCUCCGUCCAGAAGGGCUGCCGGUUACCAGAACCCUCCUCCUCUCACCAAACCGGACCAUCGAUCCACCAUCGGCGAAGCUACUUGCAAUCCAUCGAGCAAUCAGUAUUAUCCUUCAUCUUAG